AUCUGUUCUUUUUUAAUUCGCAGGACGCCACGAGACAUUUAUAACGGGCGUCAGCAAAAUUUGCGAGUGUUGGUGGUAUUGUUGAGGAGCCGCCAAUACACACUCGGACACGCGCGAUACUCACACACACAUCUACAUAUGCGUACACAAGGAGAGACAGGCGCAAUAGGUGAGAAUGGCUGAGCGCGCUCGCGUGGACUACAGGCCACAGGGGUGAAAUUUAAAGGGAGGGGCUGCUCGAAAAUGGCCGUUACGCACGGGGUAGAUCGUCCGGGGGUGGACAAGUGACGGCUCUUCGUCCCUGUCUUCCAACACGGACCAAUUGACCGGCCGCCUCGCGGCGAUCGACACGGUUUGCCAAUCGACUGCUAUUAUGCGGUGGCCAAAAAGCGAUUCCUGUGCUCUUCUCAAACCCCCUCCAGACGCGCGACCUUCCAUCCCUUCCGUCAAGAGGUAAGGUCGUCUCUGUUUUGUGCACCCUCGCGAAACGCGUUCACGUCGUCUCUAGAGUUGUGACUGGAAUCUCUCGCCAAAGUUGUGUUCGCGUUCACGCGACAUGUAUCCGUUCGCUCCUGCCGAGAGAGUUACCCUGGCACUUGUGCAAAAAAAAGUAGAGCAGGAUAAUCAGCCCUCGCAGACGAAAUCUUCUAGACAAGUAUAACAUUAGAUCCAUACUUCGACAAUGUACGUCAGAAAAGCUAAAUAGAAAAAGAGGAAGGGAAGUAUACAGGAAAAGUGGGGAAGAUGCCCGGUUCCUAUACAGGAGUAGUAAUCCUCCUCUUGUUAGGGGCUUCUAUGCUAGUAUCCGGCACUGCGGAUGCUGCUAAGUCUCUCAGAGCAGUCAAGGCUAGGCUGAGAUCGUCUUACGCAUCGUGGCGGAUAGUGGUAUGUUUAACUCAGCCUCAGACUCCUUUCAAGACAGACGUACAGAGAGCAUGGGAAGAAACGAGACUGGAAUCUUUUCACGCGGACAUGGAUGUGUCGUAUAUAGAAGCAAGGAUGACACCCAUGACGGAUUCCUUGUCAUAUCCCUUGUCACUGUUAAACAAAUUUUGUACAGACAUCGAAGGCGGAAAGACAGUAUUAAGCCUUAUUAUAGGGGGAGGGUCAGCAGCUAGAUUUCUCGUCACAGCUACUGCCGCCUUGAAUCUACCAGCUUUAUGGUUGCCAUUUACACACAGAGAUUUUCUCCGUCAGGGAAAUCUCGGUCGGUUUGAGAAUCGCAUAGGCUCCAGCUCCAAGGAGGUCGGAGCUGCGGCUGCUGCUUUAAUGCAUCGGGCUAACUGGCACGCGUUCACCCUUCUCAUCGACACCACCUUGCUACCCGUGACCCAUCUACUGCAGACGAAUCAACCUACGCUGACACCACGCGCGAUUAUACAUCUACCAACGAACGACAGGACGUUGAGGUUGCGAUUGAGGCGCGUGGCCGAGGAGACUGGCAGCGGCGGAGUCGUGGUGAUGGCCUGUGACUUGACUAACGCACGGAAAAUCCUCGGGGCGGCCAGCAGGUUCGAGAUGCUCUCGGGUAGAUUCUUGUGGCUGUGGUUAGAUCUGAAGGCAGAGCUGCGGCCCAACGAGCCCAACAUCAUCAGCUCGCACGUCCUUCACAGUCCAAGAGUAGCGAUCGCAGCAACGAACGAUAAGACACCGCUCGAGCGGAUGACGAAUCUUGCGUCGAAUGAACGGGGAUUGUCGCUCAACCCGUUGCCCAAUCUAGCUAACGACAUACAUCGACUGCAGGAGUACAGAUGGCAGGAUGAAAAGACGUUGAGCAAACGGGAGGACAAGGGUUUCAAUUUCGAUGACGAGGACGACAUCAGACUCACCACCGACAAAGAGCUCAACUCCAAGAGCUUCAUGCCGGUCGGUAUGCUUGCGCUCAGACCGUCCGGCAUCAAGAUCAUGGGUGGCGACACUAUACUGUCCAGGAUGCUGCGUGAAACGUCGCAGGCGUUAGACGAAACUUUCCUGGAAAUGAAAACAAGGAUUAGUCGUCUGCGAGAGGCGCAGCUCAAAGAGCACUUUAUGCCGGAAUGCUUUCCGGAACGUAAUGCCAAGUUUUUAAUGAGCGACGCUCGGCAAAACAUGUCUGCGACAUUGACGAAAAAGCUAAGAAAAUCCAUGGGACAGAUCUCCAAGGACAAGGCGGAGUUCCAGCUGCUGAAUCUACAAGCCGUUAGAUUUCCUGGGAAUAAGACUCAAUUAAGGUGGACCAAGGUCGGCACAAUCAAAGGCGGCAGAGAGGUGCGCUUGGACACGAUAAUCUGGCCAGGAGGCGGAAUUGUGCCGGCAUAUCUCGAACAGGGUGGCGAGAAAAUCGGAAUGCCGGUGUAUCGUAUUGUGACUGCGAUAGCGUCACCAUUCACCAUGGUGACAGAGCUGCAGGAAGGUUUCUGCCUACGUGGUCUGACCUGUCGUCAAGGUAACGCCGUGGUGUGCUGCUACGGUCUUAGCAUGGAUCUGCUGACGUUGGUGGCGCGCGAGCUCGGCUUCCGCUUCGAUCUUUACUUGGCUGAAGACGGUUUGUUCGGCAAACGCAACGGUAGGAGCGGCACGUGGAACGGUGUGAUGGGCGAGCUCGUGUCCGGUCGAGCGCAGUUGGCGUUCGCACCCAUGAGCGUGUCCGCGCAUCGGGCCGAAGUGGUGGACUUCACCACGCCGUACUACUUCAGCGGCGUGAGCUUUCUCACGGCGCCGAAGUUACGGUCCGAAAUACCGCUGUUCGCGUUCCUGUUCCCGUUCAGCACGGAACUGUGGAUCGCCGUGUUUACGUCGUUGAACUUCACCGCGAUCGCGGUUGCGCUUUACGAGUGGUUCAGCCCGUUUGGCCUGAAUCCUUGGGGCAGGCAACGCAGCAAAAACUUCUCCAUAGCGUCCGCUCUGUGGGUAAUGUGGGGUUUGCUGUGUGGCCACCUCGUCGCCUUCAAAGCCCCCAAAUCCUGGCCUAACAAGUUCCUCAUUAAUAUCUGGGGUGGCUUCUCCGUCAUCUUCGUAGCCUCGUAUACGGCGAACAUAGCCGCCCUCAUCGCCGGUCUCUUCUUUCACUCAGCAGGCAGUAAUUAUCACGACAAAAGCCUGUUGUCGCAGAGGGUCGGCGCGCCAAGGGCAUCCGCAGCAGAGUACUACGUGCAGAGAGCGAAUCCGCAAUUGUGGUCCCACAUGUCUCGUUAUUCCCUGUCGAACGUCGCUGAAGGCGUAGAAAAAUUGAGAAACGGCAGUCUGGACAUCCUAAUCGCCGACACGCCGAUUUUGGAUUACUAUCGAGGAACCGACGCAGGUUGCCGCUUGCAGAAAAUCGGCGACACCAUCAACGAAGAUACUUACGCGAUUGCGCUCACCAAGGGGCAUCCCCUCAAGGAGAGCAUAUCUAAAGUUAUAGCGAAUUACACGAGCAACGGCUUGCUCGAUAUUCUACAGGAGAAAUGGUACGGUGGUCUGCCGUGUAUUGGCGGUCGACAAGGUAUGGACGCGAUGCUGGACACUGAGCCAGGUGGCCAACCCAGACCAUUGGGAAUUGCGUCCGUGGCCGGGGUGUUCUGCUUGCUUUUAAUGGGCUUAGUGCUCGGUAUCAUCAUACUCGUGGGCGAGCACUUGUUCUACAAGUAUACGCUCCCACGAUUGCGACAUAGGCCGGAAGACUCUAUUUGGCGCAGUCGCAACGUCAUGUUCUUCUCGCAGAAGUUGUACAGAUUCAUCAAUUGUGUGGAGCUUGUCUCGCCACAUCACGCAGCCCGUGAAUUGGUGCACACAGUGCGGCAAGGUCAGAUCGCGUCGCUUUUCCAGAAGAGUGUCAAACGAGAACAUGAACAACGUCGCAGACGUAAGAGUAAAGCACAAUUCUUCGAGAUGAUUCAAGAGAUCCGGAGAGUUCAACAAGAAGAAAAGAUCGAGGCUGCACCGGAAGAGCCUGAUGCUACAAAAACGCUGAAGAAGGACGAGAAACUAGGGAAAGGCAGAGAGAGGAGUCGUAGCAAGAGCCCAUUGAUGCCGCGAAGUCCCAAGCGCUCAGAGAAAAGUAGAAGUUCCACCAACCUAUCAGCGUCGCGUCUCGGACUAUCACCGGUGAGUCUGGACGCGCCGAUGAAGCCGCGCGAGUUUACACUCAGCAGUACGAAUCUGCGUGCGAGAAGUCCGCUAGAGACGGUUGGUCGUAGACUGAGUCACGGGGAUGGCGGCUCACCGCCGCCGCGUCUCGGUUCCCACUUUGGUGGCAGUGCCACGCUGCGUCCGUUGGCGCCAGCUAGGAGUGAUUCGACUGGUGGUACACCCGUCAUCGUCAAAGCUGAUUCCUCUGUGAGCGGAGGUGGUGGCGCGCCGACACCGAGAUACUCCCGCAGUCCGGCUAAGCGAGGUCAAUCUUUCCCGGUGUUCGCUACCUUGAGGCCGCCGCACUCAGCUGGCUAUCAGGCGUCGAGGAGCCCUCUAUUAUCGCCGAACAGCGAACUCACCUCCGCAAUAGGCAGGAAGCUGUCGCGCGAAUGGGGUUCUGGCACUAUAGAUCUCACCAGGUCGUCGGAGGCUAUCAGUAGCGGCGGCGGUGGCGGUGGCGGUGGUGGUGGCGGUGGCGCUGGUGGUUCGACGUAUACGUUGAAUCAAGAGGUAACCCUCUCCCUGGGCCGUUCCGAGCAAGACAGCGCUCAGCAGGAGAUAACGUUGCCGAUUAAGAAACCCAUACGACGCGCCAGAAGCCACGAGAAUCGCGACAGCGGCAAGCUGAUGGCGGAUCUGCCGUCGCCAAGAUUGACUCAGCCGGUAGUGGGUGGUCGUUCGGUGAGCGAGCGCACCAAGAAGCAACUGGAGUCCGAGCUGAAGGCGAUUUUAAGUGCCAGGGCCCAUCAUCGCGACCUGCAUCCUCCUUGAUAGGAAGAGCUCUCCUCGCGCUAAGUUCUUGAAAGCGAUGGCUUGAGGGAGGAUCGCUCUAAGCCUCUGAGGGGCUUUAAUUGAUUUAAGCAAUAUCAGAUUUAUAGGUCAAUUUGUAGAAGAAUCCGACAGUUUAUCAAGAGAAAUUAUGAACUAGUCGAGAAAUCACGAAAAAAGAGACACACACACACGAUCAUUUCGAACACAAGAAGAAUUUUAUGUAUGAAGAGGGGGUCGAAAAAACAGAGGCUGGGACUGGGAAAAAUCUCUUUGAUUGUUCAUAAGUUGUUACGUACAUUAAUAAUAUAGGAUACGUUGAUAAACAAAAGUGCGCUAUAAACUUUAGUAGAGAUGUCUUAAAUAGGUAGCGAGGUACACGAAUACUAAGAUAUUUUCUUGUUGGCAUUUUAACUCUACAUUAACCGGCAGCCCGGGUGAGUCUCUCGAUUGCUAUGGUAUAUCAGACAUUGUAAUGCUGCAGCGUUUCUCAACUAUGAACUUUUCGACGGAAAUACAGAUCGCUCCGUUGUUUCUAUCAUGUUAGAACGUAACGACACAUAAGAUUUCUGAUCAAUUUUUGAACUCAUUAAACGCGGCACGUACAGUAUCUAUUAGAUAUUGUCCCUCUGGGAGUGUAAAUAUCCAGAACAGAUCAUAUAUAUACACAUAUACAUAUAUACAUACAUUAUAUAUGUAUGUAUAUAUAUGUAUAUAGUUUUCUCAUUUCAUCUAACGCACAUUGUAAAUAUAAUAGAAUGUUUCUCGAACAAGACGAUAUAUGACAAACUAAAACUGUCGGCUGUCGGUUAUUACCUAUUACGAGACUACUAUGUGAAAGUUGAGAAACGCUGGUUUACCGAACUUCGUUGAAUUGCAUACUGCCACUUUAAUAAUUCCUGUGACUGCGGAAAGAGAGAGACUCGCUCGAUGGACUCUCGGCGUAGAAUGACCACUCAACUGCGAGACGCAUAAUCUUACAAUUAUCGCGCGCCUAUCGAAAUGAGAGAGGAGGGAACUAGGAGCGGAUGAAAUUUUAAUCGAGUCUAAAACAUAUAUUCGUAAAAAGAAAAAAGAAGAUAAACGGGUUAUACUCGAGACACCGGAAGUCAGGUCCGACAAUUGCGUGAGAGAGAGAAAGAAAUUUCGCAGCCGUAUCGCGUACCUUCCGCGAUUCACAAUUAUUUCCUAACGAAGCAGUGCCAAAAGAUCGGUAUCACGCGACAACCUAGUCGAUCGAUGAUAAUUUGCUUUACGUUUACGUGACAUGUAAUGUAAUGUAACAUACGUACUCUUAGCGCGGUAAGAACCACAGAGAUUAUCGUUGUUUAACGCGAUAAUUCAAUCGUUCGUUCGCUGCGACUUCGCGAGGCACGACUUCCGACGGUUUUACUAGACUGAUAGGUGAAAUUUCAUUCAGGAAUUGUAAAUGAAACAUUAUCGGAAUUGAAUAAUUGUUAUUUACUGAUCGCGAUGUGCAUGUCCCGUCUUCGUCUACGAACUCUUUCGAUUCACUUCGAUGAGAGAGGGCGAGAGAACUCGUCUAGUCUCGUUAAUUAUUACUUAACUUAGAUGGUAGCGUGGAUGUGUGGGACUAAAUUGACUAAUUACUUUAAAAGGGAUAAAAUAAAAAAAAAGAGAAAGAAGCAGAACAGAAAAGUGAGGGAUAUACAUGAGCGAGGCCUUAGGAGUAGUCGUAUCCGCCCAAAAUACUUUACUCGACUAUAGUACUACUGUACUCGAAUAUUUCACUACAUUAUAUUACAUUAGAGAAUAGACAUUUAGUUUUCGUAGUUCUCUCGGUAGAAAGAAAAAAAAACGCUACUGUAUUCGGAAACUUAACGACUAAGUCCCUCGUCGAGUCCUUAUUAGCGGUUAGUGAUCUCCGUGUGAGUGUACGCGCGACUAUCACCGAAUGCAGCGAGUAUGACAAUGCUACUAACUGCAGGCGAGCAGCAGUGUAGGGUCGUAGAUUGUACUUCUACAUUUGAUAGUUAGAGAAUGUCAUUGUCUUUGUUAGUAGUCGUGGUCGAUAGUCUUGUGAGAGAGAGAGAGAGAGAGAAAGAGAGAAAAAAAGAGAUUUCGGUUGCAUGGUCGCGUGCAACGUCAAUGUGGCGUGAACGCGCCAACGAACCGCUGUUGAUGAAAGUGUCCUGAAUGAUUGCGCUAAAAAAGAAAAGAUCAUUUCGCGUUUAGCAAAAAUCGCCGCCGUUUUGUUACUUCCUUUCGUUCUUUCUUGCGCGCUAAAUCUCCGGUCGGUCACAACUUUGUACUCGUCUUCUCGCUCCUAUUCUAUUCUAGAAUUCAUAUUCUGUGACUUUCUUAAACACGUCGAAGCUUCCUCUUCGUGCUUGUCCUCUCUCCUUUCUCUUAAUCCUUUUCUCGCGAAUCACUUUCUUUCCCUUCGAUCGCGCUCGUUAGUCCAAUCGUUAGAUUACGUCGCGUCAAGUUUCAAGAACAGGCCGGAUAUUUUCAAGUUUCUUGCUGCUGAAAAUUGCGCGCACGUUUCAGCGGACUGUAGCGUGUUCUGUGUCGCCGCGAUUAAUUCAGGAAGUGAUCAAAAUAUACAAAACAUAGGGGGCCAGUCUAGAGUCACCCGCGCCUAAAGAGAAAUCAAAGAUAGACUUAUUAAAUUAAUUUUAGCUGUAAUUCUCUUUGUAACGUGUGGGUUCUGCCGGUAAUUUGGUUCAGUAGGGCUCUGCUCUCCAUUUCCGUUGCGCGUUCUGUUCUCGUAAAGCGUCUCGGGGGAAGGUCCUGACGUCCCUUGUGGAUCAUCUCUUGUACAUACGUGUCUUCUACUAGAUACCUGAAAGGAACACUAUUGCACUGAAUUAAAGGUCGAGCCCCCUACUUCUUUGUGCGCCAACAAGAGCCUGUUAGACGUCACGCACGGAAAGAUAAGAGCAAAAUGCACUUAUCGCUAUUUGUCGCCGUUUCUGAGAAAGACCUCACUUUAACGUGCGAAUUCUCCGGAGCGAUCGCAAACAAACGUUUCCAGACGGUCUCAACUACGAUAGAUGAAUAAAUCUACAAUUCUAAGUACAUUGCAACGCGAUAAUGAUGAGUGAGUGCAAGUGAGGGCGAGUUUUAAUCUUGCAAGCAAUCUUGAGAGUGUAACCGCGACGUGUUUUCAAGAUUACUCCGAAAAAAUAUUGCAUACAUUUGAUGUUGGGAUAAGACAUAUGCGUAUACAUAUAUCAGUAUUUCACUCUUCCUUUUGAUAAUCUGUAUCGAAUAUUCUCUGGACGUAUAUUUCAAGAUGCUUAUCAUUAUCUCAUUGCAAAGUGCACAGUGUUAAUAUUGUAUCAAAUAUCUGGAGUUACCGGCCUAUACACGAUACACGAACGAGAUUUCAUUCGUUCUAUGCGUCUCUCAGUUCACUCGAGAGAUUCGAGUUUCUAAUGCGCAAUGUUCCUGGUCGCGUAGCAGUGCACUCGCUCUUCUCUUUCCACAAAUGAAGACAGCAUCGCGCAUUGUUCUCGGUAAUGCAAGGGGAAAAUAAGUACAAUUCGUAUGUAUCACGCACAGCGCAAGAUCGCGAGUAGACUCGUCAAAUGACGUACGAAAGAAAACGAGAAAACUCGCGGGAAUAAACAGCAAGCGGAUACACUUCAAUCAUACAGACAGGGAGAAUCCAUUGCUGUUGUCUCGAGAAACGUGCUUAACGACAAGUUGAGUUAUCGGAUUUACAUUACACAACACACGCAUGGUUUACACGUGAACGCUUCAUUACCAUUGUCGCGUUGAUUCACGGCGUCAUAUUGAUUCAAUCACUCAACAGGCAAUAAGAUUAUUCUACAAAGCACUGCCAUAAUUUGAACUGUUGUUACGUUGAUUUUAAAAUCCUGCCAAGUAAUACCACUAUUUAAUAUUAUCUAACAAAUGGGUCCUAUCCUAUGCUAAGUGAUGAAUUGAUAUAUGCAAAAGUCCCGUGCUGCUAUCAAAAUAUUCCUUUAUCGAUCAUCAAAGUUUACAUCUCGUCUUAUCUUUAUCUUUACACUUUUAAAUGAUCUUGAUCUUUUCUUUAUAUAUAUAUUGUUAUAUAUUCAAUUAUUUUCUUUAGCACAAUUUUUAUAUUCUUAAAGUUACGAAUUUCAAAAAUUUCGAAUGUACGAAUUUCACUAUACUUCUUCCUCAUUAGUUUGAGUCAUUGUUAUUAAUAACUCGAAACGCUUUCAAUCGUCAUUAGCACGUUCGCGUGUUGAUUGUACGAUUGUAACAACAGGUUUCAGAAAAUUCUCCAAGAGAUAUUGCCGCAUAAUCAGACAUCGUCAGUAUGCGUCGCGUUGUAGAUUCUCGUUUCAGCAUGCGACCUUUUGAUUUGUCACUUGGUAAGGACCGGCUAUAAAAUAAUGUAACGCAUUAGACUUUAUGGAAUAAUUAAUCAUAAGAUGUUAAUAUAGCAUGGCUCUUCCGUUCGUAUAAUUAUUAAGUAGAUUACCGUGGCGUGUACCUUGUUCUUACACCACAUACUUGAAUGCAAAACGCGUAUAGAGCGACAGUUUAAUCCUCGAAUGGUCGCGUUGGUGCACAUAGCGCGCCGCCUCAUCGUUUUCCUCCCCUCCCUCCUCCUUUCUCUUUCUCUCUCUCUCUCUCUAGAUAUAUCCUGCAAAUUAAUAUUAAUGUUAUAACUUUGCAUACAUAAAGAUUGGCGUGGGAAUAAUGGAAAAUGAGAAAAAAUCGUAGUCAUAGCAUUUCGAAAAUGCAAAAAUGUUCAUUUUAAAAUACAACUAAACUAUACAUAUAUAUAUAUACACAUACAUAUAUAUGUAUGUAUUUAUGUAUAUAUGUGCAUAUAUAUACAUACUUCUCAAACUAUUCUUCUACAUGAUACUUAUUAUAUCAUUGCAAACUGCGCGAGACGAUUUGCAAUGAUACAAUAAUAAUUACAGUAUUUUGAGACGAACAGCCUAUAAGUGAGUGGCGUACGCGGUGCGCCAACGCGCGCGAUUCAUCCCUUACCCACAACCUUGCUUUAAUUCUUAAGCCGUAAGAAAUUGAUCAGCCGCAGUUGAUUAUUUUUAAAAUAAUCGACUGUGGUUGGUCAAUUUAUUACGGCUUAAAGAUUAAAGCAAGGUUGUGGACAAGGGGUAUGUUUUAUUCCGCGACGGCAGCUCUGCAAAGCAUGGACUGCCGAUCUCACUCGAGGAUUAAACAUUUCGCGCGUAGAUUACGCAUAAUCACCCGACAUGCGCUGAUUUAUCGUGACGAUAGUGAUCGCUCGGCGUCGUAGCGUAGAGAAAUCACACACACGGAAAAGGAGAAAAGAAAAUGGAAUAGACGCCACGAGGAUCCCUUCCAACCGCCGGUGACUUGUUGGCGUACGACAUUAGGUUAGGUUCCUCGUAACCUACCUCGUCUCUCUUGUUACGCCUACUGCUACACUGUUAUUGUUGAUGAAACUCCAUAUUAAUAAGAAAUAAAUAUAUUAUCUCAAA